AAAUGGGCGCACUCUUGCCAAGAGGUGAAUUCUUCGGCGCUAUGGUCCACACUCACCACAAACAAGCCUACGCUCUCUUCAACUACUUCUACUACGCCAAGGAUUGGGAAACCUUCCAACAAAAUGUUGCUUGGGCUCGCAUCCAUGUCAACGAAGGCAUGUUCGUUUACGCUCUUACUUUGGCCGUCAUCCACCGCGAUGACUUCCAGGGUCUCAUCCUGCCCACCAUCUACGAAAUCUUCCCACAAUACUUCUUCAACAGCAAAUUCAUCUACGCUGCCGAGAAAUUCGACUACAAUACCUGGAGCAAGUACAUCCAAUACGAGAAGGAGUUCAAUGAUGUCUACUACCAGAACAACAAAUACUACAACCAAGACUACUUCUACAUGAAGGACUUCAAGACCUACCAAUGGUGGAAAUUGAUGGGUCUGGGUGAGAACUGGUAUGCUGCUGAGAAGAGCUACCCGCUACGUGAAAACACCUACGAAAUUAUGGCCGACGACAAAUAUAUAUCAUUCAUGAAGGAUAUCAAAAUGUUCUGGCAUCCCGUUGACUACACCCGCGAUAUAGAAUUCUUCAACGAACACUCCAUGUUGUCCUACUUUACUGAGGAUUUGGGCUGGAACUCAUACUGGUACUACUUGAACAUGGACUAUGCUUUCUUCUUGGAUGGCAAAACUUUCGGCUUGGACAAGGAUCGUCGUGGUGAAUGGUGGGUGUACAAUGUUGAACAACUUCUGUCUCGUUACUACAUGGAACGCUUGGCUAACGGUUUGGGCGAUAUCCCAGAACUCUCUUGGUACCACGCUUACGAACAAGGCUACGAUCCAGAAUUACUUUCAUUCAGUGGUAUUGGUUACACAUACCGCAAAAACUACUUCGAAAUCCAAAGUUACGGCAACUACGAUAUGUUGAACCAAGUUCAAAGCGCUCACAAACGCAUCUACGGUAUCAUUGAGUCUGGCGUCUACACCACCCGCGACGGUCACAAAAUCGAUUUACACCAGCCACAAGCUGUUGAAUACAUCGGCAAUUACUUGCAAGGCAACGCUGAUACCAUCGAUACCAUUGACAAGUACGUUCUCAACUCCUGGUACAUGCUGACUCAUAUGCUCGUCGCUGGCGUAGACUACAACGAUUUCGAAGUAAUGCCCAAUGUCUUCCUGAAUUACGAAACCAUGAUGCGUGAUCCGCUCUUCUACAGCUUGUACAAACAAAUCAGCACCGUCUACUACCUGUACAAACAACAACUCCACCCCUACACCAGAGAGGAACUUGCUCUACCCGGCGUUGAAAUCAAGCGUGUGGGAGUCAGUGAAAUGGUCACUUACUACGAUUUGGUAGACUUUGAUGUCACCAACUUAAUGAACGACAAAAUGGUGUUCGCUGAUGGCGAAUUCGUUUGGGAUAAGGCAUUAUAUGCCCGUCAGAUGCGUCUCAACCACAAACCAUUCAACUUUGACAUCACAGUCCAAUCUGACAAACCACAAAAGGUUGUCAUCCGCACAUUCUACGGACCUAAAUUCGAUGAGUACGGACGUAUUAUCUCGCUGGAGCAGAACCGUCAGAACUUCGUUGAAUUGGAUGAGUUCGUUUAUGAGCUGACUGCUGGCGAGAAUGUCAUCAAACGUUCAUCCGAGGACUUCGAUUGGGCUAUUGAGGAUCGCACCACUUACACUGAAAUGUACCACUACGUGAUGGCUGCCUUUGAUGGCAAAUAUGAACUGCCAUUGGACAUUAGCGAACCACACAGCGGAUUCCCACAACGCCUGAUCUUGCCUAAGGGUUGGGAGACUGGUUUCCCAGUGCAACUCUUCUUCUACAUUGCGCCAUACGAGGCAACCGUGGAACAGAACUCUAACUUCGACUCGACCUACUCUGCCGGUAUUGGUUCCGGCACACGCCACAUUGACAACCAAUUAUUCGGUUAUCCACUUGACCGUCCAAUUGAUGAGAAUGAAUUCUUCGUGCCUAACAUGUACUUCAUGGAUGUCAGCAUCUACCACAACAAUACACUCAAGAAAUACUACGAGGGAUACAAGAACUAUGGUCAAUUCGACUACAACUAUUACAAUGACUACUACACCAAAUACUUCAAUUAAAUCAAGGGAAUAUAUUUA